AUCUUUGUGGAGGCCAGCAGCGGCAGGACCGGCUUUCUCUCUACCGGCGCUGGAGGCUUUUGGCCUUCCAAUGUCGGAAUAGCUCUCGCCGUGACGGCCAUGGCUGGCCUCGCCUUGGCCGCCACUCUUGUCUACUCUCGUAGGUAAAAACUCAAAUCAAAUCGAUCGAUCAAUCAAUCAAUAAUUUCUUAUAUCUCCCCCAUCCCAUCCCCCCAAAACAAAAACACACACAAAAAAAAAAAAAAAAAAAAAAAAACACACAGACACAAAUUCCAUCAUCAUCAUCACCAUCACCGACGCCACCUUGAAACCCUAGAAUUAGAUCAAUCAAUCAAUCGUAUAUAUAUGCUGACACAACAGAAACCCUUGAUGAGAGCCCUUCGGCGGAGUCACACUUCCUUACCGUUGUCGUCCGCAUCAAAUUCCUCUUCACCGUCGUCAUCGUCAUCGUCAUCGUCUUCGUGGAUUUAUUUGCGAUCGGUUCUCUUAGUCGUUGCUCCCUCGUCCUCACCAGUCUCCACUGAUCGGGGUAGCCUUAAAUCACCUUGGUCCCACAGGAGAAGGAAACACGCCCUUCUGCCCAAACAAUGGAAAAGUUUAUUUAAUUCAGAUGGAAGACUCUGCGAUGGUGGAGUCAAGUUUUUGAAGAAAGUUAGGAGUGGAGGUGUUGAUCCCAGUAUAAGGGCAGAAGUCUGGCCAUUUCUUCUUGGAGUCUAUGACAUGAGCAGUUCAAAGGAAGAGAGAGAUUCCAUUAAAACUCAGAAGAGAAAGGAAUAUGACAACCUUCGGAGACGGUGCCAAAAGAUGGCAAAGCCCAGUGACAAGUGUUUCAAGUUGAACGAAACUUCUGGAAACCAGUGUGGUGAGAACAGUGGGGAUUUGGGUCAAGUUCUGGAUUCUCCUGGUUUAGAAGAGGUAGGUAGUCCUACAGGUUCCAUUUCUGCUGAGGGAGGUGGGGAUCCAGAUCUCCCUGUAAGUGAUGUUCCCUUUAAAAGCCCUGACACAUUGUCGGAAGAAGGGGGUGAUGAGAGUGGAAUCACUUGUGAAAAUGCCUCUGAAGCUGACAGUGAGUCUUCUGAUUCUGACUCCUCUGAAGAAACUGAUAAUAUACAACCUUUCAUUGCCUCAGAAGGGGCAGAAGAAAAUAAACUUGAUGAUGACGCCGAGGAGAAAUCCACAUCAUCGGAAUCACAAGGUGCAUCCAAAUCCCACGCUGCUGAAGAUUUUUCUUCAUGGCGGCGGAUUAUCCGUCUUGAUGCUGUGCGGGCAAAUGCUGAAUGGGUUAUUUACUCCCCAUCUCAGGCUGACGUGUCGGAGACCAAGGCACGAGAGCUGGCUGAGAGUGUGGGGUUGAAAGAUUUUGACCACUUAGAGCCAUGCAGGAUCUUUCAUGCAGCUCGCCUAGUAGCCAUCCUUGAAGCCUAUGCAUUGUAUGAUUCUGAGAUUGGCUACUGCCAAGGGAUGAGUGAUCUACUCUCUCCGAUCAUAUCUGUGAUGGAGGAGGACCACGAGGCCUUCUGGUGCUUUGUGGGUUUUAUGAGGAAAGCUCGGCAUAAUUUUCGCCUUGAUGAGGUGGGAAUCCGACGGCAGCUGAAUAUCGUGUCAAAAGUGAUCAAGUGCAAGGAUUCUCAUCUAUACAAACACCUGGAGAAGCUACAAGCGGAGGAUUGUUUUUUUGUGUACAGGAUGGUGGUGGUUCUCUUCAGGAGGGAGUUGAACUUUGAGCAGACACUUUGCCUCUGGGAGGUGAUGUGGGCAGACCAGGCCGCGAUUAGGGCUGGGAUUGCCAAGUCUGCUUCAGGGAGGAUGAAGCUAAGAGCUCCUCCUUCAGAUGAUCUGUUACUUUAUGCAAUUGCGGCAUGUGUGCUGCAGAGGAGGAAGCUGAUUAUAGAGAAGUAUAACAGCAUGGAUGAAAUCAUUAGGGAGUGCAAUAGCAUGGCUGGACAUCUUGAUGUUUGGAAACUUUUAGAUGAUGCACACGACUUGGUGGUGAUGCUCCAUGACAAAAUUUAGGAAAACCCUUCGCAAAUGCUUUUUACUCUCACUUUUUGUUGUUAACCAAUCCUUUUUCUCUCUUCCUCAUUCUUUUUAUUUUUUUGUGGGUUACUUGUUCCAAUUUCUGUGACGCCCCUUUUGAAACAAAGGGGGAGGAUGAUCUUCAAUUCGCUUUUCACACUUAAUAUUGGAACUAGAAUUUGAUAGGCUGCAAUUCUUGUAUUGAUGAGUAAAUUAGGGAAUGAUAUGUAUCAUUGCCCGCACUCUCAAGGGCUCAAUUGAGUGAAGUGGCAUAUUAUCAUGCAAUAUUAGUAAAUUUAGAAUAUGAUGUAGUAGUUUGUUUUGUA